UUCAGACAUCAAAAUGGCGUCGCUGUCGAGCUUGUUACCAGCUCCUAGUCAGCAAGUGUGGGAUAGAGAUGAUGAGUUGAAGGCUAAACGUGUCGGAAGUGCUCUUGUAGUGUCCCAGACCAGUGUGCCACCUUACGGCGAGAGGAAGGGAUGGGUGCCUCGAAGAGACGAAGAUUUUGCAGAUGGCGGAGCAUUCCCAGAGAUUCAUGUGGCACAGUACCCUCUUGGUAUGGGAAUGCGAGGCAAGGAGAGUACUUCAAAUGCUCUUGCUGUCCAGCUGGAUGAGUCUGGGAGAGUCAAAUAUUCUGCGAUUGCCAGACAAGGACACAGCGCUGACAAGAUAAUAUAUUCAAAAUUGACAGACUUAUUACCGUCUGAAGUGCUAGCCGAAGAUGACCCAACACUGCAGAAACCAGACGAGGACGACAUUCAAGAUAUCACCGAGAAGACUAAACUCGCACUCGAGAAAUUGACCAAUGCCAAAAUAUCAGCGGCGAUGCCAGUGAAAGCUGCACCCAAAGCUGCGCCUGCUCAAUACAUACGGUACACUCCAGCGCAACAAGGUGGCUCUUAUAACUCGGGAGCGAAACAGAGAGUUAUCAGGAUGGUGGAAGCUCAGUCGGACCCCAUGGAGCCGCCGCGCUUCCAGAUCAACCGCAAGAUCCCCCGCGCCGCGCCCUCCCCCCCCGCGCCCGUGCUGCACUCCCCCCCGCGCCGCGUGUCCGUGCGCCAGCAGAGGGACUGGAAGGUGCCGCCCUGCGUCUCGCACUGGAAGAACGCUAAAGGAUACACGAUCCCGCUGGACAAGCGUCUCGCGGCCGACGGCCGGGGUCUGCAACAAGUCCACAUCAACGAGAACUUCUCCAAGCUGGCUGAAGCACUAUACAUUGCCGACAGGAAGGCAAGAGAGGCCGUGGAAGCCAGGGCUCAGCUUGAGAGGAGAUUGGCGCAAAGGGAGAAAGAGAAGAAGGAAGAACAUUUAAGGAUGUUGGCGCAAAGAGCCAGGGACCACAGGGCUGGCAUUCGAGCACCAGAAGAGGAUGUGGAACAGCCCGAGAUAGAUGAGAGCGGUCUCAGUGUGGCGGAGAGGGACAAGCUGAGGGCUGAGAGACACAAAGAGAGGCAACGCGAAAGAAACAUGGCCCGAGCAGCACCGGACAAAAGGUCUAAAUUCGCGAAAGAGCGGGAACGCGACAUCUCGGAGCAGAUCGCGCUGGGGCUGCCGGCCAAGACCAACCAGGGCGGCGAGGCCAUGUUCGACCAGCGACUGUUCAACAACAGCAAGGGAAUUGACAGCGGCUACGGAGAGGACGACGCGUACAACGUGUACGACAAACCGUGGCGGAACCAGGACAACGUCGGCGCGCACAUCUACAGGCCCAGCCGGCACGCCGACCGGGACUCCUACGGGGACCUCGAGGCCGUCGCCAACACGCGCAGAUUUGUGGCGGACAAAGAGUUCGCCGGCACCAGCAGCUCCAACACCCGCUCUGGACCGGUGCAGUUUGAAAAGGAUGCCCCAAACAGAGACGAAUCCUCUCGCAGCAACCAGCCGGAGGCUGACUUCGAUCCGUUCGGUCUGGAUCGGUUCUUGAGCGAGGCGAAGAGAGCCGACAAGUCGUCGAGGAAGCGCGACCACCACGACCGACACGACCACCACAACAAGAAGCGGCGCGACUGAUCCGACGUCCAGUGAUGUUUAAUAGUGAAGACUAUUUUGUUAAGGAUUAUAUAAUAUAAUGUAAGAUUAUGUUUAGGUACUUGACAUCAUUGGCCUUUGACUGUAAUCCUUAAGGUAUAUUUGAAGGAUUUAUCCGUGGAACUGUAUGGAAUGAAUCCUCUAACGGUACAGAGGACAAUGGGUGUGAAUGUAAUUAAUAAAUAUAUUCAUUAAAUUUG